AAAAAAACAAUUGGCCUUUAUGCAAAUACACUUGAAUGUACCUAGUACACGUAAUCUGUAAACAGCAAACAUACAUUGUCACAAAUUGCGCACUGAAAGCAAAAGUGCACAUAUUGCCUUUGGAAUAUACUGGUCGCUUUUUCAAUACUUUAUUAUGGGCAAGAACUCAGGGGACAUAAGGGACCAAUAUGCUGCCGUUUUACGGCAUGUACGUGGUUUGAAGCACCGAUACGAAGAUGUUUAUGCGGCGGUUCGACACUUGGCCGAACAAUUUCGAAACUGCAAGGGGCAUUUCGCCCAUAGGCGGUACAAUGAACUCAAGGAAAUGAUCAAGACGUGUAUCACAGAUGAAGUAUUAAACGCGGCUGCCAAAAAUGAAGGCGAAUACUUGAGGCCUGUUGCUUCUAACACCAGUGCAUCUGCAAGGUUGCGAAAAGGAACUACGUCUAGCACUUCUAAAUUGCUUCAACACGCCGAGGCGUAUUCAAGGGCGACAAAAGAGCGAACUGACCAAGCUGUUGAAGAAAAUGAAAUAAAGGACCUGGGUAAAGAUGAACUUCAAAAACUACUUGAUGAACAAAAGGAUUUAAAAACAGAAUUGCAUGAGAAAUUUAUUCGACUGCAUGAAAACCUGAAGAGGUUGAAGCAUGACUAUGAAUAUUCAAAACGAUUUCUGCCAGUUAAAAGAUACUGGUUUCUUAAAGAAAUGGUGAAGCCAAUACUGCGCAACGAGGAUCUGAAGUGUCUCUAAAUUUAGAAAACUAUAGAUGUGAACAGUGUAAUAGUUUUUGUCGUGAAUUUGAAAUAUCUGAAAAAAUCAAUAUGCAAAAUACACUCACGAGUGCGUUUGGUGUAUCUGACUUCUAACAUAGAUAUAUUGUGGUAAUAAAUGCACCAGUAAUGUUUAUGAUAGAUCAUGUGGGUUACUUAACAGCUUCUUUGCUUAAAUCAGCAUUUUGAACUUU